ACGGGCGAUGCCGAUUUCUCACACCCGCUCGGCUUCGCGCGCAAGGUCGUUGCAUGACGCCUUCACUCGCAAUCUGAAGUCCGCAAUGCAACGUCGCGGUCUCAGAAGGCCUUCUCCCCGGCUUCCCUCUCUAGGAGGCCCAGCAGACGAGGGGAAGGGGGAGGGACUGAACUGGGCUGGUGGGUGCAACGGUGGUCUCUCGAAGGUGGCCCGCGGGUCUCGUCGGCAGACCCUCCUGUGGACGAUGCUGCGCGUGGUCGCUCUUCGUAGCGCUGGCCGUGCUGGCAUCGUUUGCCGCAAUGGCGGUAUGGCAGCGCAUUGCGACGGUCGCCGGGCUGACGCAGCCGGACAACAUCGAGGCCUCGGGCGUCUGCUCGAUCGAGCUGAGAGGGACGAUAGGCGACGACGGCGUCGACAUGUCUGGCUGGGAGCUCAGCGCACAGCGCUGGAUCCCUCGAGACAUGCGGGACGACGGCUCUACGUACGCCUCCGUGCAGAACAUUAGUGCGUGGCCGCAGGCUGGCGUCUGGUGGGAAGUCGCGCCCCACGCCGACGAGCCGGGCGCCUUCCGGAUCCGGAUCCGGCGGGUGGUGGACGACCUGCUCUCCGGGGCGGGGCUGGGCUGGUACCUCGGCGCGGCGAGGUUCUACGACGCGGGCGGCAACGCGACGACCGCCCCCCUGCCCGGCGCCUCGGUAGCGAGCUCCGCGUGGGUGCUCGAGCCGCUGAGCGAGGCGGGCGCCUACAACAUCCGGUUGAAGACGGGCCCGCCUGGCGUCGAGGAGAUGGCCGGAUGGUUUCUGUCGGCACGGAGGUUUUUCAACAAGGAGCGGCGGAACGCCGAUUCGACCUAUGUGAGCUUGGUGAGGGACGAGGAUGAGUCCACGGCAUGGAUUCUCAAAUGCUCGAGUUGUUGUGUCGGGUUAGGCGCUGGACGCGGUGGCGAUGAGUUUCCAGACUUCUACAAAUGA